CCAUCCAGACAAGAAUCAGAAUGAUCCAGUAGCAGCUGACAUGUUUAAGGAGGUCACAUAUUCAUACAAUAUUCUUUCAGAUCCAGAUAAAAGGCGCCAGUAUGACACAUCAGGUUUUGAGGCCAUUGACUCUGAAAACCAAGAGUUGGAACUGGACCUUUCAAGUCUAGGGACAGUAAACACCAUGUUUGCCGCUCUAUUCAGUAAGCUUGGUGUGCCAAUUAAGACAUCAGUAUCAGCCACCGUCUUGGAAGAGGCACUUAAUGGCUCAGUGACUGUUCAGUCACUUCAGUUUGGGAAACCUUUGUGUAGAAAAGUAGAAAAACAGUCCGCCCAGUUCUAUUCGGUUAAUAUAAAUGAGAAAGAAUCGCAAUUGGGGCUAGUGUGUCGGGUGCAUUCAAGAGGAAGUAGCAAAUUCAAG